AUGUGGAAUAGAGGAGAUACGGAAAGAGAAUCCUGCUUGGAUCAAGAAAGAGAAACUCAGCCGUGUAAAAAAUUAUCCCAUUCCAUUGAAGAGAUACUGAGGAGGCCCACAUGUGUCAGAAAAGAGAAAAGAGUUCAUCGUAACUGGUCUGUUAUAAAGGAGAACACCAGAGAACCCAACCAGCACUCGUGUACAGAAACACCACAAAUUAGACUACUUAAAGAGACCACAGACUGCACGAGUCAGAGGAAAAAGAGGCAAACAAGGGUCACAUUCACACCGUUCCAGGUGCAGGAGCUGGAGAAAGUCUUCCAGCAGACUCACUACCCAGACGUCAACACCAGAGAGCAGCUGGCCUCUCACCUGCACCUCACCGAGGGCCGGAUACAGAUUUGGUUCCAGAACCGCAGAGCUAAAUGGAGGAAGGCCGAAACACUGAAGGAUCUGGAGCUGAUGACCAGACAGCCCGUACACUCAGCCGUGCAUGAGCUGCAUUAUUAUGAGAAGGCCCCGCUGCAGGCAGCGUGCUGCUGGCUGCCAUGCUGCUUACCUAAACCUCUUCAGUCGAGGCUGUUCCUCGGAACAACGACAACACCGGCUUCGCUGACCAACACACAUUCCCCAGAUUACAGAACUCUCUAUUUUGAUCCGCUGUGGACAGAGAGAUAGGACCUUCAGUAUUCCCAUAAUGAUGACACUGUCCUGUUUCUUUGAUUACAUGUGGUACAAAGAUCAUAAUGAGUUGACACACAAAAUCACAAAAUGUAGACUGUGAUCUGUAAACUGUGACAACUGUUUGUUUGAAUAUUUAGCUUCAGUUGUCAAAAUGUGUUUUAUAUACUGUGCUGUCCACCUGGAAUAAAGUUUACAUGUUUGCAACUGUGCAUUUUUGUGAUUUAGUAAUAAAAUGUACUUUUCAGUGUUGAUAUCCUACUUGGUUACUGAAAGCCUUCAGCUGGGUUUCUUUGUAAUAAAAGACCUUGUGAUAAGUCUGUACUGAUGUAUUCGUACAGAUCAAGGUUUGAGGGCAUUCGUUAUACUGUGACAUGCUUCUUGGUAGAGAGCUGUGUAUUCACUGUGUUAUUGUGAAGGAGAGCCUUCAGGU